AUGAGCUCUGACCCUCGCCAAGCCACUGGCGCGAGCGGAAAAUCCAAACGUCGCUGGACCGACCCUGAAGACGAUGGUAAAAUGAACGGCCCGGACGACCUAUCAUCCCAGCCCAAGCGGCAGCGUGUGUCGCGAGCCUGCGACAGCUGUAGAUCAAAGAAGGACAAAUGCGAUGGAGUUCAACCGGUGUGUUCAACAUGUGCCUCGCUAUGCCGCCCAUGCACCUACAAGGCCAAUCCGAAGAAACGAGGUCUGCCCACUGGCUAUAUCCGCUCACUCGAACUACUCUGGGGGCUUGUCUUCCAGAAGAUAAAUGGAAGUGAAGAUGUCAUGCGCGCUUUGAUGAGAUCCGUCAACCUACCUAGUCACCUUGCCACAAUGGGCAAGGAAGCCGAAGGCUCAGACACCCUGCUAUCCUCCUUCAAGAACAGUACCGUUUUGAGGGACAUUGAGCGAAUGCUGGUCGUUUUAGAACAACCCGAGGAGGAGAGAGAUCGCAGUCUGCAAGCAUACGGCGAGGGGGACACUCCCUUGGAUGUUGAUGGCAUCCUGGCCUCUUCUGACGCUCAGGAAUGGCAGAUCCCAGAAGGACUAGAGGCACGCGAGACACCUCUCUCGGGGGUAUCUCCGGGCCGCACUUCCAUGUUCAGCUCUGCUCCCCGGCCUCUCGUAUACCGCACCCGAGAUUCUGGAGCCCAAACAUCAAUCUCAGAAGAAUUUCAUUCACCAACCCUCGCUAUUUCCCUCAACCCCGACGACCCCAGAGCGAUCUCAACCAGCUCCCCACUCCAACUCCCGUACAACGCCUGGCCUCUUCUUGACAUUUAUUUCUCAUACACUCAAUGUUGGCUUCCCAUACUGGAAAAGCAUGACAUCCUCCGCACGGCUUUUCAAUACACUGAAGGCGAUGUGUACAUGACCCGAACAGCACCUGGUUCUGGCGACCAUGCUGCCCUAUGGGCCGUCCUUACCCUUGCCUCCCUUCAAGACGCAUCUAUCACAGCUCGGGAGGCCGAUCACUCAUCAGUUCGAACAAACCCUUCACAACUUUACAACACCGCGCGGGACCUGAUCCCCGCGGAGACUGGUCCAUACGAAGUUGGGCAUGUUCAAGCCUUGCUUAUCCUGUCUCUGAUCAAAUUUGGACAGCAGGAAUGGACAGCCGCCUGGAUGCUGGUCGGUCAUUCAGUUAGAAUUGCACAGACGCUAGGCCUUGACCAGCCCUCCUUCCCUUCAGCAGCCUCGAGGUCCCCCGAACAAGGCAAGCAAUUAGGACGAGCUCGGCACGUGUUUCUGGGUUGUUUUGUGCUGGAGACCCUCAUUGCAGAACAAACCUCACAGUGUCCAUCAUUACGAAAGGACGACUUAGCUCGAGUUGGAUCAAUAAAUGAAGAUGGGUUAGAAGAAUGGCAUCCCUGGGAAGAUAUGACUGGUCUACGACCGACACAAGCAUCUCGAGCCUCCAUGCAGCGGGGACCACUCAAUGCGUUGAGCACAUUCAAUCGUCUUGUGUCUCUUGUCUCCAUUUUGAAUGACCUUUGCUGCUAUAAGCAAGACCCAACCAUUUCCCGAUCACAAUUGGAGUCGCUUGAGCUCACUUUACAUCGCUGGGCGGCCGCUUUACCAAAGAGCCAUCGGGUAGACCUGCAAAGUCGCCCACUCAAGGUGGCAUCGCCGCAUAUUUUUUCACUCGAAAUGGUCUAUCAAAGCAUCGUCUCGGCCUUGAGCUUACAGAUCGCUACGCGGGAGAGUGAUCAAAAUAUCCCUGAGAUGCCCCACAAGGCACGUGCCAUCGAUAGCUCGAGUCGGUUAUUAAGUUGUCUUCAAAUAUACCUGGAGACAUACAGCCUGUCAGCGACCACACCUAUCUUUGGUAUGAUAUUGAGAUACUGCCUUCCUCGAUCCUUCUCGCGCGACCUCGUAUCGGACGUUGAGCUUAGUCUCCGGAAUAAGAUACAAUCAUAUUCAUCACAUCUGGUGCAGCUUUGGUCUGUGUCCGACCGGCCACUCACCGGCCAGACAACUGCUCAAAGAAGCCAGGGGACAAUGGCAUCACCUGCGAUGUCGCAGCAGCCCGAUCUUUCAGCAACUGAAGAUCCAACAAUGAGUCAUGUUUUCCCGCCUUCAAGCACUCCUCGUCAUCUUGCUGGACCUGCAGAACCACAUGGUCCUGGUUCGGCACAUCCGGUAGUAUCGACUCCCGAUCCUUUCACCUCUGCUCCGUGGCUCAGGACCACUCAGAAUAUGGAUGAUGGAGCACAGUUGCUGUCCACGCCCACCCCUUCUUUGACCACCAUUGGCGGCGCCUCGGAGGUCUCAGGACAACCAGGCCAUCUAGAUGGGGGUCUAGGCAGUGGUCUUCGCCAGUCUACCUCCGCCCCUUCAAAACCCCACCCUGACCCUGGCCCAGGAAUGCUCCCGGAACUUGCCCCGCAAUUCCCCCCAGGUACACAAUACCACCCACAACAAUAUCAAGAUCCACCUCUUGGUAUGAGUCCUUUCGUCGACAUGGAUGGUUAUGGCCCACCACGCCGACAGCAGCGAAUUGCUCCGGAUCUCGAUGCACUAUUCGACGAAUUGGCGUCGCUGGACGGUGCUGAAAAACCCGACAAUCAACCCGAAUUCAUGCAAAAUCUGGGCUUCGUCUCUGAUUCAGGGGUGCCGGAAAUUUACUCGUUUUCGAGUCAAAUUGAGCCGUUCCUGCUGGCCCAGACGCAACAAAUACCGAGCAAUGGAUCAACCUCCGGAGUUCGGAGGGAGUCACAGUCCCUCAGCAUGUCCGGAACGCCGAAACGAUAA